AGAGAGAGAGAGCUUCACGCUUGAACGAGUUUUGGGCGCAGAGAGAGAGGGAUAGAGCAGUAGACGGGUGAAGGAGUGUGAGCGCGUGGUGAAGUAAAGCUGAGAAGACUUCACUGGGUCACCACGUAGAACACACACACAGGCACUCACGCGUGCGUAGAGGAACGAACGAACAACACAGCGCGCGCUCUUUCGCACACGCGCACGUACACUCGCUCACAGUCGCGCGCGGGAGAGCGGAGGCUCAAAGGAAUCGUGUAGAAGCCUUUGUUAAAUUGCGCCAAGUGCACUAAGACAAGCUCGAGUCGCAAUGGAGGAGAACAUGGAAGAAGGACAGACACAGAAAGGGUGCUCUGAGUGCUGUAUUAAAUGCCUGAGUGGGAUUCCCUAUGCCUCUCUCAUCGCCACCAUCCUGCUGUACGCUGGUGUGGCGCUGUUCUGUGGCUGUGGUCAUGAAGCUCUCUCUGGCACCGUGACCAUCCUGCAGAACUACUUUGAAGUGGUCCGAUCACCAGUCGAUGCCCUGGAUGUCUUCACCAUGAUUGACAUUCUGAAGUAUGUGAUCUAUGGAGUGGCAGCAGCAUUUUUCGUCUACGGGAUCCUGCUUAUGGUGGAGGGCUUUUUCACCACUGGCGCCAUCCGUGACUUGUAUGGAGACUUCAAAAUCACCACCUGCGGCCGUUGUGUUAGUGCCUGGUUCAUCAUGUUGACCUACAUCUUUAUGCUGGCCUGGCUUGGGGUCACCGCUUUCACCUCUCUGCCUGUCUUCAUGUACUUCAACAUCUGGAACACCUGCCAAAACACCACUCUGGUGGAGGGGGCCAACCUGUGCUUUGAUUUGCGCCAGUUUGGAAUCGUGACCACAAAUGAGGAGAAGAAAGUUUGCACAGGUUCGGAGAAGUUCUACAAGAUGUGCGAGUCUAAUGAGCUGGACCUGACAUUCCACUUGUUCGUGUGUGCUCUGGCGGGGGCAGGAGCAGCCGUCAUCGCCAUGGUGCACUACCUGAUGGUGCUGGCAGCUAACUGGGCCUACGUGAAGGACGCCUGCAGGAUGCAGAAAUAUGAGGACAUCAAGACCAAGGAGGAACAGGAGCUGCAUGAUAUCCACUCUACCCGCUCCAAAGAGCGCCUCAACGCUUACACAUAAACCACAUACACACUCUUACAAACACACACACACAGAAACUCAUACACAAACAAACCCAAGCAUGCCCCCCCUGUUCCUGAAGAACACAUACACAAACACAUUCAUAUGUGUAAACAUGCUUAAUUAUGUCUUUUAAAUUGAAUUUGAGUUGCAGGAUUAGGGAAUCAGGGAGGGUUUUGGGUGGGACUGGGGUUAAUUUUUUUUUUUUUUUAAUUACGGGUGUGACGCAGAAUGUUGGUCAAGGGAAGUGAUGAUUAGCCCUAUGGCAACGUCUCUGACUACCCAUAACUCACUUCUUUCAUUCUUUAAUCUCUCCUCCUGUACCUUCCUUUUCACUUGUUUUUCCAAACUCUUUUAAGACACAGACAGCACACCAUCCAACAGCACAUAAAAGAGUGACUUGUGUCUUUUUUCUUGUUUAGACCACAUAAUUCUCAUGGCCACCUUAGCUUUCUUGACACAAUUUUCCCACUUUCUUAACAUAGCAAUCUUAAGUUACUCAAACAGGGCUCCACUUAUCGAAUGAACAAACCUUCCUUUUUAUUUUCAACCUUAAGAAACCAAAAUGUGACCAAACUUUGUAUGAUUUUACAGGUAAACUUUUCACAGCUGCCAAAACUUGGCAUCUUGCAACAGCAUUAAAAAAACAAUGUACAGAUUCUUUUCCAGCAAAUUCUUUAUUGGUUGGGAGUGCCAGGGAUUUCAACACCGUACCAUAAAGUGACUUCUUACUACUGUUCUGCUGUAGCUUGGCCUAACUCUGAAAUGUCUGCUAGCUACUCUAAGUAAAUCAUGAAGCUGCAGCAUUGGUGCUUCGUCUCAAACUGUUUGUUAAGCUGUGAAGCGCAUAGUUGCUCUAGAAGUGGUAUGUCUUCAGGUGGGUUGUGGAGGAGGAGGAUGUGAGUAGAGGAAAUGAGGGAUUUUUUCCAAGACUGUCACCCUUUCUGAUCGACUGCCCAUUUAGGAUUUGCCUUGGAGAGACUCUGUAGAUAUCUUGAUUUUUCUCUCAUUCAUCACAAGCCAUAAUCUCAUUUGCAAAUAACAUUGUUCAGUUUUUUUUUGUUUCUUUUGCUUAGUUUUAGCUUUAACUUUUUAAAUGCAAGAUUUUUUGUCACUCCUCUGCACUGUAUAUAUAUAUACAUAUAUAUAUAACUCUAUAUAAAUGUAUACAUAUAUUUCACUUUGGUUUCAGGUCAUAUCUAUGAAGUUUAAAGAACAUGCACACUGACAUUUAUACUCUUCAAGUGAAAGGUGCCACACAGGGUUCUUUGAGUGAUGCCAUAGAAUGACCACAUUUGGUUCCUUAAAGAAAACUGACCAUUUAUAGGAUUUUAGAGCUUUUACAUUAUGCAGAAGAUCUUUCAAGUUACUUUAAUCAGUCAGAUCUUUAUAUAAGCAAGUGUAAUUUAAUAUGUUUACACAAGAACCCAGGCAAGAGAAUAGGGAGAACAAAAACCACAAUAGUAAAACAAUGCAAAAGUAAAAUAAUAAAAAAGUAUUAAAGUCCCAGAAGAUAAUAGCAAGUAAAAUGAAAUAGAUAAAUUAGAAACACAAGCAAAAAAUAUGAAUAACAGUUAAAAAAUAAAAUUGUGUAAGUUAAAUAAAAUUAAAAUAAUCUUGUGUAUAUAAGAAAAAAAGAUUCUGUAAACAAACACCCACUAAAAUUUUUUAGGGUACCAAAUGUGGUUCUUCCAUUCUGUUGCAUAAAGAACCCUUUUCCUUUAUUUUUCAGUGUUGUUGAUACUUUAGAGAUCACUGCUGGGGAUAAAAAAAUAUCCAAAUCUAAGUGGCAAGUCUAAUAAUAAAACCACUGGUCCAGUUGCCAAAAAAAAAAAUCACAUAUGAGGGUUUAAUAUACUGUUUGCUGAAAUAUUCAUUUAAUGGCAUGGAAUGUCCUAAAUGAAUAUAUAUAUACACUGUUCUUGAACAUGGACCAAACUCUUUUGGCUCAAUCUUGCCUAUUUCAAUGUCCCUGAGUUUG